UCCAAAAAUGCAGACUCAUUUUAAUUAAAUUUAUAAUUAACCUUCGGGAGGGCAAGCCCCUGGAUUCACUUUGCUUUCAGAGACUCCAACAAGAUGGGGGUGACAGCUGUGCUCAUCCUGCCCUUGCUGCUCCUGGGAAUCAGCGGCCUUCUCUUCAUCUACCAAGAGGUGUCCAGGCUGUGGUCAAAGUCAGCCGUGCAGAACAAGGUGGUGGUGAUCACCGAUGCCAUCUCAGGGCUGGGCAAGGAGUGUGCUCGGGUUUUCCACACGGGCGGCGCGAGGCUGGUGCUGUGCGGAAAGAACUGGGAGAGGCUAGAGAACCUGUAUGACGCCUUGAUCAGCGUGGCCGACCCCAGCAAGACAUUCACCCCAAAGCUGGUCCUCCUAGACCUGGCAGACAUCAGCUGCGUGCAGGACGUGGCCAGAGAGGUGCUGGGCUGCUACGGCUGCGUGGACCUCCUCAUACACAACGCCAGCGUGAAGGCGAAGGGGCCCGCCGAUAAGAUCUCCCUGGAGCUGGACAGGAAGAUCAUGGACGCCAAUUACUUUGGGCCCAUCACACUGACCAAAGUCCUGCUGCCCAACAUGAUCUCCCGGAGGACGGGCCAGAUCGUGUUAGUGAGUAACAUCCAAGGGAAGCUUGGCAUCCCAUUCCGGACAGCUUACGCCGCCUCCAAGCACGCCGCGCUGGGCUUCUUCGACUGCCUCCGGGCCGAAGUGGAGGAAUAUGACGUUGUCGUCAGCACUGUGAGCCCCACCUUCAUCCGGUCCUACAACGUUCACCCAGGCCAGGGAAGCUGGGAGGCCUCCAUUUGUAAAUUCUUUUCCAGGAAGCUGACCUAUGGGGUGCACCCCGUGGACGUGGCGGAGGAGGUGAUGCGCACGGUGAGACGGAAGAAGCAGGAGGUGUUCAUGGCUAACCCCAUCCCCAAAGCCGCCGUGUACAUCCGCACCUUCUUCCCAGAGUUCUUCUUUGCCGUGGUGGCCUGUGGGGUGAAGGAGAAGCUCAAUGUCCCCGAGGAGGGUUGACCACUAGAGGGCAGUGGCUCAGCCUGAUGGGAAUAAAGGCUUUCCUGGCAGG